AUGGUAAGAUCUAGAGUAUCCAUAAAUGGCAGACUAGAAAGAGUAAAGAAAUUCAACAUCCCGAAAAAGAAGUUAAGCAUACAUACCUACAAGCAAAACAGAAUUCACAAAAAAAAAUCAACAGAAAAACUGGAGAAAGACCCCAGGGUAAAGGAGCACCAAGACUUAAAUCAAAUUAAAAGAAUAACGAAAACAGUAGAAGAAACAUCAAAAAAUAUCCAAACCCCCCCAUCAGUUGCCAAUUUACAGGGCGGAACAUUUUCUAAAUGUGCGUCGCGUUUUGACGGUUCGAAAAACGCAGACGUUAACGCUUUUCUGAGCGCUAUCGAGAUAUAUAAAGAAUAUUCACAAGUUAGCGACGACAAUGCAUUACGUGCUUUAUCUAUGCUUUUCGAUGGGUUCGCAGCGACUUAUUUUCGAGGUAUAAAAUCAACUUUAAUUACUUGGAAUAAUGCUGUCGAUCUACUCAGGAGAACGUUCGGUCCUCAGAAACCCAGAUAUCGCGUUUAUCGAGAACUGUUUGCUGAAGAACAGCCGUCAGAUAUGAAAACAGACGUGUUUAUUUAUAAGUGCCGUGCUAUUAUCGCACAGUUGCCUCCUGGUACACUAACUGAGAACAUUCAAAUGGACUCAUGA